CUUCUCGGGUUUUCCCUUCUCGGCUUCCAUCAAGUCCUCUGUUACUCAGAGCUCCCAGCGAGAAAUUAGGGUUUUGCAUUGAACCAUAUCUGAUCUAAUCAAACCAUGGAGUCUACUCAAAUCGCUCUGUUGCUAGAUGAAACUCUUAGUUCAGAGGGCGAUGUCGUCCGGUCAGCAACCGAGGCUCUCGAUCGUCUCUCUCUCCUGCCUCAGUUCCCCUUCUCUCUUCUCUCCAUCGCCACCGGAGGGGAAAGUCGAGGUCAAAAAGUUGCUGCUGCUGCAUAUCUCAAGAACUUGACCAGGCGAAAUGUUGAUGGGGAUGGUCAAUUUUCUAGGGUUAGUAAGGAGUUCAGGGACCAGCUUAUGCGAGCUAUGCUUCAAGCAGAACCUGUGGUUCUGAAAGUUUUAAUUGAAGCGUUCAGGGUCAUUGUAUCUGCUCAGUUUGUUAAGGAUAAUUCAUGGCCUGAACUUGUGCCCGAACUGCGAACAGUUAUUGAAAAUAGUAAUCUUAUUAGAAAUGGCGUACCUUGUGAAUGGAAAACUGUCAACGCCCUAUCAGUUCUUCACGCUCUUAUCAGACCCUUCCAGUAUUUCGUGAAUCCAGGAGUUGCAAGAGAGCCAGUUCCACCCCAGCUAGAACUCAUAGCUAGAGAAAUUCUUGUACCAUUACUAGCUGUAUUUCAUCAUUUUGUUGAAAAGGCUAUACCCAUUCAUGGUAGAACAGAAACUGAAACUGAGAGAGUUCUACUGCUUGUCUGCAAGUGUAUAUAUUUUUCUGUGAGAUCACACAUGCCAUCAGCUUUAGCUCCGCUUCUCCCAUCAUUUUGCCGAGAUCUUUUUGGGAUUCUGGGUUCCUUAAGUUUUGAUAACAUGCCAACUUUGGAAGAUGGGUAUAUUUUAAGGCUCAAAACAGGGAAGAGGAGUUUGCUGGUUUUUCGUGCGCUGGUCACCCGUCACCGGAAGAAUUCUGAUAAGUUAAUGCCAGAUUUUAUAAAUUGUGUUUUAAGAGUAGUCAAGAAUUCCGCGAAUAUUAGCAAGAAGGAUGCCACAUCAGAGAGGAUUAUUUCAUUAGCUUUUGAUCUUGUUUCGCAUGUUCUGGAGACAGGCCCAGGAUGGAGGCUAGUUUCGCCUCAUUUUUCAUCAUUGCUAGACUCUGCUAUCUUCCCAGCAUUAGUGAUGAGCAAGAAGGAUAUCUCAGAUUGGGAAGAAGAUCCAGAUGAGUACAUACAGAAGAAUCUUCCGUCUGAUCUUGGGGAAAUUUCUGGAUGGAGGGAGGACUUGUUCACAGCCCGGAAAAGUGCAAUAAAUUUACUGGGUGUUAUUUCUGUGUCAAGGGGUCCUCCAGUGGUGGCUUUGAGUAACGGUUCUUCAUCAAAGCGUAAAAAAGGUGAAAGGAACAGAGGAAAAGGUCAACGCAGUUCUAUGGGGGAGUUGUUGGUUGUUCCCUUCUUGUCAAAGUUUCCAAUUCCCUCUGAUGCUAAUGUUUCUGAAACAAAGAUUCUAAAUGAUUACUAUGGUGUUCUUAUGGCAUAUGGAAGCCUGCAAGAUUUUCUAAGAGAUCAGAAACCUGGAUAUAUAACAACUCUUAUUCGUGCUCGAGUGUUGCCAGUGUUUGCAUUAUCAGUUUAUUCACCUUACUUGGUUGCCACUGCAAACUGGAUUCUUGGUGAACUUGCUUCCUGUCUCCCUGAAGAUUUGAGUGCAGAUAUAUACUCUUCACUGCUCAAAGCAUUGGCCAUGCCGGAUAUGGGGGAUAUUUCGUGCUAUCCUGUGCAUUCUUCUGCUGCUGGGGCCAUUGCUACUCUUCUUGAAAACGACUACCUGCCACCCGAGUGGUCACCCCUUCUUCAAGUUUUGGUUGGUAGGAUUGGUCGUGAAGAUGAAGAAACCUCCAUCAUUUUCCAACUUCUAAGUACAGUGGUGGAGGUUGGAAAUGAGAACGUUGCAGUUCAUAUCCCAUGUAUUGUAUCAGCAGUGAUUGAUGCUCUAUUGAAGUGCUUAGCUCCUAAUCUAGAUCCAACGUCUCAAAUGGUUGAACGAGGCUUUGCGACAUUAGCUGCGAUGGCUCAUUCUUGGGAAGACUCCAUGCCCGAAGAAGUUGAAGAAAGUGAGUCCAGUGAAAUGUGGAUAUCUGGUCAGGCUACCAUUGCCAGAGGUUUCUCAUAUCUUUUACAGCAGGCUUGGCUUCUGCCAUCACAGUCAGUGGAAGGUGAGGUUUUGCGUUCAUCGCCCCCUUCAUCAUGCCUAGAUGAUUGUUCAACAUUGCUUUGGUUCAUUGUGCAAUCUGUUACUGAAAGCAACAUGAUGUUGGAGCUAAAACUCUCAGAGUUGCUGUUAGUUUGGGCUGAUGCUAUAGCAGACUGGCAUGCUUGGGAAGAAGUGGAGGAUCUGUCUAUCUUCAAAUGCAUUAGUGAAGUUGUUCAUCUCCAUAAAAGAUUUGGGCUGAAGAACUUGUUUGUAAGAGGGAUGCCAUCCCCUCCUGCUCCGCCGGUCCCACAAGGUUCUAUUAUUGAAGGAAUUGGUGCUUUUGUCAGUGAGGCCAUUUCACAAUAUCCUUCUGCAACUUGGAGGGCUUCCUCCUGUGUCCAUAUUCUGUUGCAUGUUCCAAAUUACUCAUUAGAAGCUGAAGGUGUCAAGCAGUCACUGGUGACUGCUUUCAGUUUGGCAGCAUUUUCUCAUUUCAAAGAUAUUCAAAGCAAGCCUUGUUCACUGUGGAAACCAUUGUUGCUUGUUAUAUCUUCGUGCUAUCUGUGUUAUCCUGACAUCGUGGAGAGGAUUCUAGAGAAGCAUGAACAUAACGGAUUCUCAGUAUGGGCAUCUGCUCUGGGUUUUAUCUCAACCAAAGCUUUCAGACCUGGUCUGUUGGUGGAGUCAGAGAUUAAGUUAACUGUUAUGGCAUUGGCCAAGGUGGUUGAGCGACUGUCGGAACUGGGAAAUCCAGGCGGGAGGUUGAUUCAGGACUGCUUCACUUCACUAAUGGAGACGUGCAUGCGGUUGAAAGAAGUGCAGAAGGAAGAAGAAGAAGAUUAUGGUGAAGAGGCUGAAGAUGAUGAUGAUGAUGAUGAUACUAGUGAUGACGAAAUUGAUGAUGACGAGGACUCUGAGGAUGAUGUACGCGAAGAAACUGAAGAGGAAUUCCUCAAUAGGUAUGCUGAGGUAGCUGCCAACUUAGAAAAUGGGUUUGAUGUGGAGGAAGAGGAUGUAGAAGAUGUAGACCAAGAGCUGGAAUUGGGUGGAUUGAAGGAUGUAGAUCAGCGGAGCAUUUUGCAGCCAUUGAUGGAGAGAUGCCACCAAGUUCUAAUAAAAGGACAGCCAUUUCCUCCUCAGCUCGUAUCAAGUUUCUUGAGUACCUUCCCCGAGUAUACUUUAUUUUUCGAGCGGCCUCUAUGACAGAGUUCUAUAGCAGAUUUUACGUAGCUUAUGUAUAGUGAAGAAAAGGGGUUAUGCCAUUUUUUAUUUAUUCAUUAUUUUUAAAAUUAAGUGUUGGCCCUGUUGGAAGUUCCCAUUUUUUCUCUUCUUUUGGUCCUACUGGAUCUUUUCAACUGUAAUGCUCUGGGUAAAUGGGUGUUACCCUAAUGUGUCUGUGAGGUAUGGUCUUCAGAAUCAUUGUCUCCAUCUUAUAAAAUUAAAAUAAGACUUCUUGCGUUUGUUUUGUUUU